UUGUCAUUUGUCAAUGUACAUCAGAUUCGCCGAAAAAGUAGUAAAUACUGAAUACUGAUUGGAAAUUGUUUUUAUUUAUCUUAGCCUUUUUAAUCGAUAAAUGAUAAGGUAUUUAACAUACUUAUCGAAGUAAAAAUAUUUCCAACUACGUAUUUCAAACCUUACAUGGUAUAAACUACUUGUAAAAGUUACUAUUUUAAGAAUAACUUCGAACGAAAUUGCAAACUUUUCGGUAUUGAGUUUAGUACCAAUAACAAAUAAUGACGAACGGAAAUUUGUGCUUAAAUGAUCAUAGACUUACUGCGAUUGAUCCAACUGCGUAUUAUGUAUCUGAAUUCAUUACUGAAGAAGAAGAAAAACAUAUCAUUAACAACAUAUAUGCAGCACCAAAACCAAAGUGGACACAAUUGUCCAAUCGACGUCUGCAAAAUUGGGGCGGAAUUCCUCACAACAACGGCAUGAUCGCUGAAACAAUACCCCAUUGGCUUGAUCAGUAUUUACAAAGGAUACAUAGCUUAAACUUAAUGGGCGGAAACAAGCCCAAUCAUGUGUUGGUUAAUGAAUACAAUCCAGGACAAGGCAUCCUACCACAUCUAGAUGGUUCCUUAUUCUACCCAACAAUAACUACAAUUUCCAUAGCCUCGCAUAUAGUUUUAAAUUUUUACGAACCAUUAACAGAUAACAAAUCAUAUUUGCAGCCAGUAUUUUCAUUUCUACUAGAACCAAGGAGUUUAUUAGUGUUACAAGAUAAAUUAUUCAAACAUUACUUGCACGGUAUAAAUGAAGUACAGCAAGAUGUUAUUGAUGAUUCUAUAUUAAAUUUAAAUAUGUGUUCAAAUAAAUAUAGUAGGGAUUCAAUUGUAGAUCGGCAGACAAGAAUAUCAUUAACAAUUAGACAUGUUCCUAAAACGACAAAGUUUAAAUUAAAUAUUGGAAAAAGGUAGAGGUUAAUUUAUUCUUUGCUAAAAUUAUAUAAUAUAUUAGUUAUUUGCAUUGGACAAAUUGUAAUUAAAAUUUUAUUUUUUA